ACAUGUCACCAUAGUGAAGGAAGGCAUACCUUCAAAGGAUGAUAGUCCUGAGAAGACCAGAUUAAGGUUGUCAAGCUGGAGAAGAAUUAUUGGACUCAUUGCUAGCAGCAAGAUGACAGAGACACACAUUUGGUAUACUAUCGGUAAUAUACCCAAACAACCUGCAAAUGAACACUUUUUGAAAGACCUAAUUAUCAUUUCAAGCAUUCCAAUAGCAAUCGUGGCAUUUAUAGGAAAUGGAAUUGUCUGCUGUCUUUUUUGGAGCAAGUGGAAAAGUUCUAGGUUUUUUCUAUAUUUCCUGAAUAUUGCCAUUGCCAAUAUUGCCAUACUCAUCAAUGUGUUUGUAUCUUUUCCAAAGCUUUAUUUACAGGUUAGAAUCUAUAACCUUUUUCAACACCUUGUACAGAUGGUGCAGUAUUUAGGACACAACACCAGAUUCUAUAUCUUAACAGCCAUUUGUGCUGAAAGGUAUCUUGUCAUCUUUUUCCCAGCAUUGGUUAAACAUUACCGGUCACAGUACACAUCAGUCAUAGUGACUGGCAUUUUGUGGGGGUUGAGCUGCCUGAUAUCAGUGGUGGAUGAUUUGGCCUGCUCUCGAAGAUUCUAUAUCACCAAUAUGGAAUAUACAGUCCAUUGUGUACCUUUUACUAUCUUGAUAAUCAUCCUCGAAUUAGUGAUCUUCCUCUUCAUCAUGGGCUUUUCUACCGUAUCCAUUUUUAUCAGAAUGCAGACACAGCCAACACCUCCAGCAAGGCUCGACAUCACCAUUUUAACAACAGUUCUUCUGUUUCUUGUAACUGACACACCCACUAGAAUGAUUCAAACUCUUUCUGUUUGGUUUGCUCUAAACAACGUGUCUAUUACAAUCGCGACAACUGAGUUACUAGAUUGCAUCAACUGUGCUGUUACUCCAUUUAUAUUUCUAAUUGUUGGAUGUUGGAAGAAGACCUCAGAGCCCAUCUGGCUGUUUCUUGAAAGAGCUCUGACAGCUGAAGAAAGCAUGGCAGAAGGACCACAAGUAGAACAAGAGCAGGUCUGAAAGCAUCUGGGAUCUGACGCCAAAUUCCUCUUGCAUUGAGAAUGCCUCUCUUAGCAAUGUAUGCCCUAACGACAUGGCUUGUGGAUCAGAUAAAUUAAGAAUUCACAUUUAUGUGUCCUCUGUCAUUUUUAAUUAUGUUUUUAAUUCCACAUAAUUUGGACUUUGGCCUAGGAGAAAUGCAUUUCAUUUUGCACAGAGCUAGGUUUUGAAAUGCAGUUAAGUUCUUGUAGAUAUUUGUGCUAAUCACAAAGAUGGUGGUCACUUGUUCACUGCUGGA